AUGACAUCCGCCGCUUCCUCGUCCUCGCGCGACCUGACGGUCCUCACUGCCUCGGAUGUCGACACCGUCCUCGCCAAGAUGGACCUGUCGCUCGCGGUGGCCGGCCAAGCCCAAGUCUUUGCCGCGUACUCUAACAAGGACAAGAAGGAUGAGGCACCUGGUGUUGCUUCCAUACAGCUGCCCCUCCGCCACGUCCUCCAGACUCCCGCCCAGUCCAUGCUCUUCAUGCCCGCCCGCGUUCCGGGUACCACCGCGAUCAAGAUUGUGUCUGUGCCAAAGGGUGGCAGUGACGGCCUCCCUGGCACAACCCUUGUGCUGGACGAAGUGAGUGGCAAGGUCCGCGCUGUUAUCAACGCUCGCCGCUUGACAGCCGUCCGUAACGCUGCUGGCUCCGUUCUCUCCAUGAAGAUUCUCGAUCCCGAGGGCAAGAAGACGCCCCAGAACAUGGUCGUGUUUGGCUCUGGCGCCCAGGCCGACUCGCACGUCCGCGCCUUUGUCGCCGCCUACCCUUCCAUCAAGACCGUCACCGUCGUCGCCCGCCGCUCCACGCCGCGUUCCGAGGCGCUCGUCGCGUCGCUGGCAAAGGCAUUCCCAGCCGUCAAGGUGGCGCAGGGCGUCGCGUCGUUCUCGGCCGGCACCGCCGAGGCGGGCUUUGACCUCUCGGCCACUGUCCACGCCGCCGACAUUGUCUGCACCAUGACGUCGUCCGAGCAGGCCCUGUACGGCGCCAAGGACAUCAAGGCGGGCUCGCACCACUGCCUCAUCGGCUCGUACAAGCCUCACAUGCGCGAGGUCGAGGACGAGCUCAUCCAGCGUGCGGGUGUGGUGCUCGUCGACUCGCGCGAGGCGUGUGGUCACGAGGCGGGCGAGCUCCAGAACGUCACAGACGAUGACCUGGUCGAGAUUGGCGAGGUCAUCAACUCGGAGCAUGGCGCCGAGGCCAAGGUCAACUCGGCUGGCGACGUCAACGUCUUCAAGAGCGUUGGCCUUGGUGUCCAGGACGUGGCUAUUUCGGCCCUCAUUGUGCAGGAGGCGGAGCGUCUGGGUCUUGGUACCAUCGUUCCCAACUAUGACUAA